AUGGUUGUAAAUUUCGAAUCACUGAUUCCGCAGAACAAUGAUGAUUAUGAUUAUGACGAUAAUGAGGAUGAUGAUGAUGACGAGGAUGAUGACGAUGAUGACAUUCAUUUCGAAGAUACGGAUGGUGAUGAUGAUGGAGAAUUUGGUGAUGAUGAUGAGGAUGAUGAUGAUGAAAAAAUUGGUGAUGAUGAAAAAUUUGCUGACGAAGGGUUUCCCGCGUGUCUUCCGUUAAUCCCCGAGAUGCAACAAGGUCAAUCGGAGUGUGUAAAUACCCAUUGGAAAUAUAAUAAUCCGUACGAGAUGAUCAGCUCACGAAAGACGUUCACGGAUGGGCAAUUGAAGAAUCAGCUGACCAAACUGGAUCCAGAAAUGCAGGUGAGUCUGCUUUCCGAUGUGAAAACGGUCUCUUCGUCCCUGUCGUGCCCGUGA